GUAGGUACAACUGAAAGUCCACGAGGUACAACGAUAUAAUAUCAGACUCGCUGCAGCAUAUUGGAACACUAUCUCCACGAGAACAAUUUUGUCAAAACCCUCCUGCGCAGGUAGAAGCGUGUAACGGAAACAUGUCGAGGUCGUCGGUCCGAUUGGUCACCGCCAUUGUAACGUUUUUCUUAGUCUCAUCGGCGUUUGCGGACGAUGAUGUUGUUGUGCUGACCGAGGAGAAUUUCGAGAAGGAGGUGGGCCAAGAUCGCGGAGCUCUCGUGGAGUUCUAUGCUCCUUGGUGUGGCCACUGUAAAAAGCUUGCUCCCGAGUAUGAAAAGCUAGGUGCGAGUUUCAAGAAGGCAAAAUCUGUUUUGAUAGGCAAGGUUGAUUGUGAUGAGCAUAAGAGUCUUUGCAGUAAGUACGGCAUUUCUGGAUAUCCCACCAUCCAAUGGUUUCCCAAGUCAUCACUGGAGCCAAAAAAGUACGAAGGUGCACGAACUGCUGAAGCCCUUACUGAAUAUGUUAACAGUGAAGGAGGGACCAAUGUCAAGAUAGCUGCCAUCCCUUCUGAUGUUGUAGUUUUGACUCCUGAAAACUUUGAUGAGAUUGUCCUUGAUGAGAAAAAGGAUGCCCUAGUUGAAUUUUACGCACCUUGGUGCGGUCACUGCAAGAACCUUGCUCCUACCUAUGAAAAAGUUGCCACGGCAUUCAAGCUUGAUGAGGAUGUGGUUAUUGCAAACAUUGACGCCGACAAGUACAGGGAUCUUGCUGAAAAGUAUGGUGUAAGUGGUUUUCCGACAUUGAAGUUCUUCCCCAAGAACAACAAGGCAGGUGAAGACUAUGAUGGAGGAAGGGAUGUGGACGACUUUGUCACAUUCAUCAAUGAAAAAUGUGGGACUAGCCGAGAUGCAAAAGGACAAUUGACUUCAAAUGCUGGUAUUCUCGAGGACCUUUCUAACUUAGUGAAGGAAUUCGUUAGCGCAUCAGGUGAGGACAAAAGACUUGUCUACAAACGGCUGGAGGAAGAAGCUGACAAGUUACAGGGUUCAGCUGCAAGAUAUGGGAAAAUCUACACGAAAGUUGCCAAGAGGUGCAUGGACAAAGGCUCAGAUUAUCCCAAGAAUGAGAUUAGGCGGCUUGAGAGUAUACUUGCCAAGUCGAUAAGCCCAGCAAAGGCAGACGAGUUCACACUGAAGAAGAACAUCUUGUCGACUUUUGUGGUCACAGACCAGUGAGGGCACACUUUCCAUCUCUCUUAAUUUGCACCUUCAGGCACCACAGAUUUUGGGAUCAAGAGAUCUGGAGAGAAAGUCAGUCGUGAGUGGUUUGUUUGUGAGGUUAACAACAGAAUAAUAGAAUAGAAUACAGAUAUGAUGAUUCCAACCAUCUUUUUACUCAAAGGGACAAGAAAGAAAUCGAACAGAGAAUUAAAGUAUUGUUUAACAUUGUUGUAAUAUUCGACUCCCUCCCGGAAUGUCAAUCUUUAAUUAUCUAAACUGAAUGCUGACAUUUAUUUGA